AUGGUUGACGGCUUCAAACCGAGACGAUCUAAUAGACUGAAACAUUUGCCGAAAGUUGAUUACUGCGAGAACAAGACGGCGGAUGGGAAACGGAAAAGGGGAGCAUUAGACGAAGAAGACGAGUAUACGCCGUCCCGGGAAGGCACACCGGAGAAUCAGAGGAUUCCAACACGCGCGCCGGAGAAUCAGAGGUCUCCAUCACGGAGAGUGAUACGCAAGACCUGCAUCACAAGGAGUUCACGACAGCGCGCCAUCGAUGCGUCUCAGAAUGAGGGUGCCUGCAUCAUAUCAGGCAUAAAAGACAAAUCCGUUCAGCAAUGCCAUGUGUUGCCACGGGCCACAAAGCCGGAUGUGCUCACGGCUCUGGAGUGGUGGUGGGACAUCAAAGAGCUCAGCGUGGAUUCACGCCACAAUCAGGUUUUCCGUGCGUCUUCUUUCCAGGACGCAUGCCGAUACGCGUGGACUUACUUGCAUACAGUCCGUGCCGAUCUCCAUGCAUUGUGGGAUCGUGGAUACAUUGCGAUCAUGCCAAUGCCUGACGUGACGAAGGAAUACUUGGCUAAGUGGCAGGAUGGUGACAGACACAAGGUUCUGGAGGAUAGCGACGAAGCCAAGAUCCACGAGUACUGUGUGAUUCCUCACCCAGACCUUGUGGCCGGUGCACCUGCCCCUGGCAACUCUCCGAUCUGCGAAGGGUUCACCUACAGAUUCGACAAGGUUGGGAUCAUCCGGUCCCAUGCGAAGCCGCACUUCAUGGCCUUGAACGCGGCCAUGAAGCUCAAGGAGAACAAGGAACUAUGGGUGGAGGCGCUGACGGCGUUCUGCAAGAGAAUUGAGCUCGAAGUCGACGCAUCCAGCUUCGUGGAGGAUGUCCUGACCUUGUCUGACGUGUGGACUGCGCCACCACCCGGGGACGCAGAGUUGAUCAUGAAGGAGGAAAAGGAGCAAGCGGCAGAGGAAGCAUCCAGUCUUCUCGACACGGUUUCUACAGGCGAAGCAGUGACGCCAAAACACCCCAAAGCUCCUGUGGGUCCAGAAGCUUUGGAUCAGGACAAACACCCCAAGGCGAAGGCCCCAAAGCCUGAAGGCGAACCGUGCGGUAGCAAUCUGAAGUUGUAUGCUGCCCAUUUGGCGCCUACUGGAUCGCGGUGCUUGCUUAGUCUUCAGGAUGACAAGUCAGUCCAAGGGUGUCACGUUGUCCCCCGAAGAACCGACGAUCGUAGAUGUGCGAGAGUGGCGGCGUGGUGGGGGCUUGAUGAAUUUGACGUCGACUCCCCAUUCAAUAUCUUCUUAUUGAGAGCCGAUAUCCACUGCUUGUGGGACCAAGGGCAUCUCAUGUUCGUGCCUGAGCCUCACAUUAUCGACAGUUAUCUCGCACGAUCUGUUGUCCCCAUAGGUGGAGCUUCGUCGCUAGCCGAGCUAUUUGCAGCGUCCGAUGUCCCCGUCUACAGAUAUUGUGUCGUUGCCCAUCGCGACCUUCCAGAUACAGAGGAAAAAGCUGCGUUUCCGAGGGAUGUCAAGACCUUAGCCUAUGUGGAAUCUCCAGUUCCUCCCCAAUUCGUUAUAUACAAUGCGGGGUUGAUGCUAUCGAAGAGUGGACUAGAGGGAUUCCGAAUGGCUCUAGAUGCUUUCUACAAGCGCCACGGAAUCGACUAUGAAGCGAUCGACGUUCUCCGUAAUAUGCUGGCUCUCUUCCAACGAUACACAAACAAAAAGCCAGACAGCACACUUUUGCAUCCCAUUACCCAAGGUGACCUUUCGCUCUAG